CAUGAGGUGAAUUUGAUGGUUGUAUAUGAGCAUACUGAGCCCCAGAAAAACUGCAACAAUACAGAAGACACCAACAUGCCAGCUAAGGAACUUCUCGAGGUGAUCAAUGUGUGUUGUGAAUUCUAUAGCUGGGUCACACCAGGCAUCAUAGCGGCUAGACAUCAGCUGCUAGACAUAUACGAUACAGCUACGCAGCACCAGAUUCAUCAGGUGAGGGAGCAGCUUCGGCAGCUGAAGAACGACCUUUGGAAGCUCCGGACAACUGUGGUGCCCAAGAUGCUUGACCUCAUUGACCGCGUCGAGUGGCAGAGCCAUAAGAAACCAGAAGCAGACCUACUCCCAGACAUCAAGGAUGCAGUGUACGAUGCUGAUGACCUCCUUGAUGAAUUUAAUUAUUAUGCAAUGAAGUUGGGGGUUGAGCAGAGCAAGAAUUCGGGGCAAGAUCACAUGGAAGGUGCCUUUCUGCGGUUCUACAGAAGUAUCAAGGAUUGUGCCCACUUUAGCAAAGCGAAAGAAAUACAAGCUAGAUCAUAUCUAUGAACAGUCCAAGGAUUUGGGCUUGCAUCAAGCACCACAGAAGUUUGACAGAUCAAUCAGGCCAGAAACAUGUUCUUUCUUCGAUGAGCCACAAAUAGUUGGACGUAAAAAAGAAUUGGAGCAGUUGGUGCAAAAGCUAGGAGUAUGUGCACGUGACGGAGGUAGGAGUAGGACUGAUGGUGAAGAAAGAAUAACAAAGUUGCAUGUGUUGCCAAUAGUUGGCAUGGGUGGUGUCCGAAAGACAACUAUGGCCCAACAAAUCUAUAAUGAUGUAAAGGUGAAGGCAAAUUUUGACAGCAGAAUUUGGAUAUGCGUUUCGGAUGAUUUUGACAUAAAGAGAUUAAUUAGAGAGAUUUUGCAUCAUUUGGGACAAGAAGCACUACCUGAUCGUAAUCUGAAUAUUCUUAUGACAAGUCUAGUUGGUUGUGUCAAGUCGAGAAAGUUCUUACUUGUCCUUGAUGACGUAUGGGAUGAUAUCUUGAAAGAUGGCGGGGCAGUAUGGAAGAGAUUUUGAAAACCUUUGGAAAAUGGCAUUCAGGGAAGUAUGAUUUUGGUCACUACUAGAUCUUCGAAGGUUGGAAGUCUAGUUGGCACCAUGAAGCACUAUUAAUUAGCUGGUUUGCCGGAUGAUGUAUUAUGGUUGUUCUUCAAACUACAAGCAUUUGGAUCCAAGAGUCCUUCCAAUGGCCCAGAGUUGGAGCGCAUCGGUAUAGCUAUACUUCCAAAGCUGAAGGGUUCUCCUUUGGCCACCAAAACUCUGGGACGCCUGUUGAGUAGGGACCUAAACACAACACAUUGGAAGUAUAUACUGGAAAGUGAGUUCUGGCAAUUAGAACAAAAUGCGACCGACAUUUUGCCAGCCCUUCGACUGAGUUAUAUGUACCUACCACCGCAUUUGAAGAGAUGCUUCUCAAUUUGUGCAUUGUAUCCCAAGGAUCACGUAUUUGAAAAGGAGGUUUUCGUCGAAAUUUGGAUAGCACAUGGCUAUGUACAACCUCAAGAUGCAUCCUUUUGCUUUGAUGACCUUGUAAAUUUGUCAUUCUUUUAGAGAAAUUCUUUGGUGAGUGAUAAGUUCGUAAUCCAUGACUUGAUUCAUGAUACGGCACAACUAGUCUCAAAGGAUGAGUGCUUCAUCAUAAAGCAUGCAAGUGAUGUACACAAAAUCCCUUCAAAUAUUCGUCAUCUCUCAAUACUCACUGGAAAUGUUGGCUACUCUGAAUUGAAGAGCAUAUGCCACAAUAAAAAAUUGCGGUCCCUGGUUUGCAAUACAUAUUGUAGUAGUCCAACCAAUUUUCCUGCAGUUGUUGACUCUUGGUUCAGGGAACUCUUGAAAAUCCGUGUAUUGAGUUUUAAGUUUUCCGGAGUAACACAGAUACCUGAGAGCAUGGGCAAUUCAAAGCAUCUGCGUUACCUUUGUUUAUUUGGAUUGUUUACUCUUCCUUCAUCCAUUUGUUCCCUAU